GAAACAUCUGAAACACUGGCAGUCCUGACUGAAUCCCUGCAAUCCAGUAGUCUACGAAGCAAGUCAUCAAUAUGGUAACCACGGUCAAGACAUGCCCACAAGACUCAUCGGCAGAUCUACACGAAGAAGAUUGGCUUCGGAUCGUGGUGUGCCACAAGCAGGCACUUUUGCUCCUCGCUGGCGCAUGCGAGGAUAAGGCCUCAAACUCGAGCCACGCUUCGCUCGGAGCGGCCAUUCGACUGCUCUCGAGCUCCGUCCAAGUUCAAAAUAAGACCAAUCACGAGGCUACCAAGAGCGAGGUCUCAAGCUGCCUGGAGACGAUCGGGCACAUCCGAAGCGACCUGAGACAGCCCAAACCAUCGAAGGCACAACUGGGAGGACUUGUGUCACCAAAGCUCUACCAUGGAAACAAAAUCUCGCUGACUAUUACUGAGCCUGAGCAUAUCGAGUCGAAGCGCGCUUUGAACCUACUCACGGACAAAGCAAAAUCUCUGAAACUUGCUAUAUUCAUCGAUGACGUCGACGAUUUCGAGGGGAAUCACAGUGACAUGUCACAGUUUCUGCGAUCCCUAGCCUCUGAUCACAUCAAGCUGAUCAUCUCCAGUCGGCUCAUUGACGCUUGCUUGGAGAUUUUCAGAGACUGUCCUCCGCUGCGCUUACAAGAUCUCACCGUUCGUGACAUGGGGCUGUUCGUCGAAGGGGAACUCUCCUCCCAUACAGACAUGGUCGCACUCUUGCAGACAACAUUCAAUCCAGAGUCGCCUUUUCGAAGAUUCGAUAUUGGACAAAACCCAACGUAUUAUUCUCUGGAUGAUACUUGUGGUCCAACUCUUACUAGACGGUAUUUGCAACGGCGACUUGUUUGAAGAGCUUGCAGCACACUGAGCCUCGCUUCACGCUUGGUUUUACGCACACUGGACCA